AUCCUACGCGGGUGCCGGGGGGCCCGGGUCCGCGAGUCAGGAGACCUAGGCUCUAGUCCCAGCUCUGCUAUCAGUUCUCUGUGUGACCUUAUCCAAGUUCCAGCCCUUCUCUGGGCCACAGUUUCUCUGUCUGUAAAGUAAGAGGGCAUUGGCCUCGAUGCUGUCUAGCACCUUUCAGCCCUGACAGUCUCGGACUCUUUGUUUUUUGGGUUUGGGGAGCUGCAGCUGCCAUGGCUUGGGCUGGGGUCUCAGCCCUCAGAAUCCACAGAAACUAUCAGCAUUUCUGUGACAAUCCUUUCUUGGAGGUGCUGGGCUGUUUGGUAGUGUCCACAGCCCCACUGUUGCUGCUUACUGGGGGCCUGGCUGUAGGCAUCUCCCGUUGGAACACUGGUCCCUGGCAAGGCUUGUUUCUAUAUGGGGUCAUGGUUCUGCUUUGCGUGGAAGCCUCCUCUGCUGUUCUGGCACGCACCUCCUCCUGCCAGAGAGAUUGGGAGACACACGUGCUGGAUGAUCUCCUCCAUCAGUAUGGAAACCAGUCUGACCCCAAGACCAAGGCUGUUGAUAGACUCCAAGAAGAGCUGAAGUGCUGUGGGAUUCACAAUUACACAGACUGGAGGGUGAUGGGCCACAUUUCUGCUCCUACGAGCUGCUGUCAGAAGAUUUUCUUGAAUUGCACUGGUGACUUGAGCACCUCUCAGCAACUGUAUCAGAAGGGGUGUCUGCCAAAGCUGGAGCAGCUUCGAAGGGUGUCCUCAGCCACGUGUUCUGGUGCUGUAUCGGGGCUCUGGUUCUGGAGCUGUUUGCUGCACUCAUCAGUGGAUUCCUCAUGAAGCAGUCACCACUUCUGGAUUACAGCAUCUUGGAGUCAGGACCCAGAUGGAGGCCAAAGAGCAGAUGGUAGCAGAAUUGUGCGAAGACUAGCGAGCUGUUUUGAAGGAAGAGGAUGACAAGAAACAAGCAGGAAAAUGGAAGCCAAAAAUGAAAGAAAAUGGAAAAGAAGAGAAUGGUUUGGGCAAAUCUGAAAGGAAAAAAAAAGAGUCAGUGAAGCUAGAACUCCAGGUGGUCUUGACGGGUGAAGACAUGAUUUAUGCUGCUUACUGUCCAGGCCAAGCAGAGAGAAAUUCAGAUGAGGCAGAUGAAAGUGAAAUUGGAGAAGACAUUAAAGAAGAGAGAAUGGUCUUAAGAUUCAGGAAGACCUGGGUUUUGAAUCCUGUCUCAGACACUACCCAUUUGACCU